AAACUCUUGUCGUCUGGUUUUUCGUUUCUUCAGCUUAGUUUCUCAUCUCAAGUGCAGUGCAUUCACUCUUUUUUCUACAUUCCAUUCCAUUCUUUCUCUUCACUGUGUGAAGCUGGUCUAUUACACUCUUUUCUCAAACUCUUACCUGACUUUUCUCAACAUCUUCACCGAUCCUCUCCUUUUUUAAAGAAAUCAACAUGUCUUUCAAGGUUGCUGCUACUCUCGCUGGCGCUUUCGCCUCCGUCGCCCUCGCCCACGGCACUGUCACCGGUAUCAAGGUCGACGGAACCUACCAACCCGGUUACGACCUCAGCUCUUACUACAAGGCUCAGCAGGGCGGCGAGAUCCCCUCCAUUGCUGCUUGGUCCGCUGAGAACCUCGACAACGGCUUCGUUCCCCCUUCCGACUAUGGCACCUCCGACAUUGCCUGCCACAAGAAGGCUGCUCCCGGUACCAGCUCUCUCUCCGUCAAGGCUGGUGGUACCGUUGAGUUCCAGUGGUCUGCCUGGCCCGAGUCUCACAUCGGUCCUGUUCUGACCUACGUUGCCAAGUGCGCUGGAAAGUGCACUUCCGCUGACCCUGCUACUCUCAAGUGGGUCAAGAUCGAUGCUGCUGGUCUGGAUGGAACCUGGGCUGCUGCCGAUCUGAUCAAGAACAACAACACCUGGACUACCACUGUCCCUGAGACUCUUGCUGCGGGUAGCUACGUCUUCCGUCAUGAGAUCAUCGCUCUCCACGGUGCUGGUUCCAAGGACGGUGCUCAGAACUACCCUCAGUGCUUCAACAUUGACAUCACUGGUUCUGGAACCGAUAACCCUGAGGGUACCUUGACCACCGAGCUCUACACCGACUCUGAGCCCGGUAUUCUCUUCGACCCUUACAAGGGUUCCACCACCUAUGAGAUCCCUGGACCUGCUCUGUACGGUUCUGCUUCUGGCACCAAGCCCGUUGUCCCCGACACUCCCUCCAACGGAACCAUCUCGACUCCUGCUCCUGCUGCCCCUACCCCCGUCGCUCCCACUCCUGUCACUCCCACCAGCCUUGUGACCUCUGUCGCUGCUGCUGCUACACAGGCCGCCGAGGUCCCUUCCACUGAGGUCCCUUCCACUGAGGCCCCUGUCGCUGAGGAGCAGGAUACUGAGGAUGGUGCUCUCCCUAAGACCUUCACUCUUGACACCUUCAUUGACUGGCUCCGCUCCAAGAACGGUGGCUCCAAGAAGGCUCGCCGCCACGCCCGCCAGUUCUAAGUUAUCUGAGAUACACUUGGCAGAAACACGAUGUAUUGAUGGAGGAGAUUUGACCCUUGAAAGGUCAGGCUUAUUUUAUAUGUAGAUAAUAGUGAAUGCGCUUGCAGAAGUCGAGCCCAUGUACAAUAUUA